UUCUAUGUUUCAAAAAAUAUCAACCUCAGACAAAAUUAUCAACCGUCAGACAAAACUAUACCGAGUUUGGGUUAACAGAGUUAGUCACGUCAAAACUAGUAUCAUCGCCUGUUGAGUGACGCGGUUGGAUUUUCCCGCUUGAAGACGUCAGCAAAAAGUAAUUGUAUGUCUUAUCAACGUCUGUUCGAUUGCCCCAAUCAACCAGAAACGCAAACCGACAUUUUGUCGAAUGCAUGAUAAAAUGCGAUGAUCAGUAAACGUGAAAAAUGUCACCGAUUUGUGAUAUCUAAUCAAGAAUCGUCGGAUAUUUGGGUCAAGAAAUACGGAAAACUCUUGUUUGCUUUCAAAGCAUCGCACCAAUUCGAUUGGCUCGCGCUUAUGAAAAACGCAACAGAUUGGUAAAUGUGCUGGUAAAAUAUUGACUUUUCGUAUUCGCGUAAUUACCGCAAAGGAGAAGAUAUAUUGAAUUGAAUUCCCAGCUAAACCACACAAGCAUUAAUUACUGGUACACUUGAAAACAAGAUUGUCGACCGCCUACUCUGGAUAGGAAAGACUUCCAUUUCCAAACCAUGGAAGUAAAACGCUUGAGGAACCUUAAAAGAAAAGACCAUGUCGACAAUAAUAAUUCCCGUUUGACGUCUCCUGAGAGCAAGCAAGACGAAAAGGGGUCCCAUUCUGUGUUGCUCCGAGAGAUAACUUAUCCUUCGAUGGAAAAUAAGUCUUCGUGGUCCCAAAACAUGUUGAAUAUAUUGCGUACUCGAUUGAACAAGUUCUAUGAUACAGAGGGCUCAUCCCACACAGAAAGCAAGCCAUUUUUGGUAGAGGGAACCCGGGUCGGGACGGUUCUACCACGUGUCAUGCCACACCUUCAAUCCCACCCAGACGUUUUCACAAUCGUCAUGAAUGACGACGGCUCUGUUGAACACGUGACCUUGGCCCCAAGCCUCAAAACAUUCGAGGAGAGGACGAAAGGCGUCAACGACGUAAUGGAAGAGUUCCGCAAAAAUGACGUGUUUGUCACUUUAAGGGGUUGGCGGGAAGAGGAAUUUGCUGUAUCAAGAGCUUUCAACGAAAGAAAAUUUUUCAAAAUCGAACGGUCGGCCGCCUGUUUAUUGGGAGUUACACAAUACGGAGUUCACAUCAAUGGUUACUUCAGGAAGGCUAACUCUGAUCUGUACAUGUGGAUAGCGAGGCGGAGCGCCAACAAACCGACCGGGCCUGGCAAGCUGGACCAGAUGGCUGCAGGUGGCAUUACAUAUAGCUCAACAAUCACAGAAACCUUGAUCAAAGAAUGUAAAGAAGAGGCAUCAGUCCCAGAACACAUUGCGCGCCACGCGGUGCCCGUUGGCUCAGUUAGUUUUACGUUCGAGACCGAGAAAGGUCUUUUUCCCGGGGUGCAAUUUAUUUACGAUCUUUGUCUGCCGGAGGACUUUACACCAAGUGUGAAUGAUGGGGAAGUGAGCGAUUUCUACUGCUGGCCCAUUGACAAGGUCAAAGAAAAGAUAAUCACGAAUGAAUUCAAACCGAACUGCGCGCUGGUCGUGCUAGAUUUCCUGAUUCGACAUGGUGAGAUAAAUCCACAAACAGAGCCGCACUACCUGGAUCUCAUCUGGUGGUCCCACCGACCUCAUUAGCAGCAAGUGCAUGUUCGAGGAUCCAGCGUUCUCUUGUUUGGCCGUGA